CCUCCGGAGCCUUCACCAACGACCUGCCGCUCAACUUCCGCGGCGGGGCCCGCCUAGGGCCCGAAGACCACACCGGGCCCCACAGGGCCCACGAGCCCGCCACCGGCCGGGUCAUCGCCAACUUCUUCGACUCCGGAGAGAAGGAGGUGGACUUGGCCGUCCAGAGCGCGAAAGCCGCCUUCCAAGUAUGGAGUCAAAAGUCGGGCAUGGAGCGCAGCCGGGUCCUCCUGGAGGCCGCCAGGAUCAUCAGGGACCGGAGGGACGAGAUCGCCACCGUGGAGUCCAUCAACAACGGGAAGUCCAUCUUCGAGUCCCGGAUAGACAUCGACAUGUCCUGGCAGUGCAUUGAGUACUACGCGGGACUGGCCGGCUCCUUGGCGGGCGAGCACAUCCAGCUUCCCUCCGGAUCCUUCGGCUACACCAGGCGGGAGCCCCUGGGCGUGUGCGUGGGGAUCGGAGCCUGGAAUUACCCCUUCCAGACCGCCUGUUGGAAGUUGGCCCCGGCCCUGGCUUGCGGCAACGCCAUGAUCUACAAGCCGUCCCCGUUCACGCCCGUGUCCGUGGUGCUGCUGGCGGAGAUCCUGGCCGAGGCCGGGGCGCCACCGGGCCUCUUCAACGUGGUGCAGGGCGGGGCGGCCACCGGGCAGCUCCUCUGUCAGCACCGGGACGUGGCCAAGGUCUCCUUCACCGGGAGCGUGCCCACGGGCAGCAAGGUCAUGGAGAUGGCGGCUAAGGGGAUCAAGCCCGUCACCCUGGAACUGGGGGGCAAGUCUCCCCUCAUCAUCUUCUCCGACUGCAUCCUGAAGAACGCCGUGAAGGGCGCCCUGCUAGCCAACUUCCUCACCCAAGGCGAGGUGUGCAGCAACGGCACCAGGGUGUUCGUGCAGAGGACGAUCCUCAAGCAGUUCACGGAGGAGGUGGUGAAGCAGACGGAGAAGAUAAAGGUCGGAGACCCGCUGCGGGAAGACACGCGGAUGGGGCCCCUCAUCACCCGGCCGCACCUGGAGCGAGUCCUCGGCUUCGUUCAGAAGGCCAAGGAGGAGGGGGCUGAAGUGCUCUGUGGGGGGGAUCUGUAUAUCCCCGAAGAUCCCAAACUGAAGGAUGGAUAUUACAUGCGGCCCUGCGUGCUAGGGAACUGCAAGGACGACAUGACCUGCGUGAAAGAGGAGAUCUUCGGGCCGGUCCUGUCCAUCUUGGCCUUCGACACGGAGGCGGAGGUCUUGGAGAGAGCCAACGCCACCUCGUUCGGGCUGGCGGCGGGCGUCUUCACCAGGGACCUGCAGCGGGCUCACCGGGUGGUGGCUGGCCUCCAGGCUGGGACUUGCUACAUCAACAACUACAACGUCACUCCCGUGGAGCUGCCCUUUGGGGGCUACAAGAUGUCCGGCUUUGGCAGAGAAAAUGGCCGGGCGGCCAUCGAGUACUACUCCCAGCUGAAGACGGUGUACGUGGAGAUGGGGAAGGUCGAGUCCCCGUUCUGAGGGCAGCAAAGGCUGCUAGGACAGCGGUGUGGCCUAGCCCACCCUGCCCGAGCUGCUGCUGCAGGGCAUCUCUGUCUUUCCCCUGGCCCUGCAAAUGUUCGCGCCUUCUUAGGGAUCCCACAGCAUUCCCCCCUCCCGCCCCAACCCUUUUCCAGGUGUCCCCCGCUGGCUGAAGUAAGGUUCGGGCAGGGGCUGGAGGAGAGGAGGGGGCAUGCUCGACCCCUGCCCUGCUGCUGCCCCACCCCAGUGGGCUGCAGUGGGGCAGAGGCUGCCCGGCCACGGGUGGGCCUGGCUGAGAAUGAAACCCUCGACGAGGGAGGGCAGAAGCUCUCCUCUCCCGGGCCGCCUCCGUCAUGCCCCGAAGAGCCAAAGGUUCCUUCCCUUAUCUCAAGGGUUUGGCGGCAGAGAGGGAAAGGCUUAGAACCUCCCUUUCGGCCGUUGAAGGAGCAGCUGUUCCGUCCCCGACCCCCCCGCAAAAAAACCCAGACUUCCUCCAAAGCCAGCGUGGAGGGUGGUUCUCCGGCUCCUUUUCUAAACCACUUCACGCCGUAGUCAAGCUCGCGCCAGCCUCCCGAUGCCAAAGCCGUGGGUGUGGAUGAGAAUAAAAACCCAAGGCAAACCUC